AUGUCUUCCAAACCGUUUAAAACCAUCGCUCAAAGGGUCGCAGCCAGAGGGCGUAAAGUGAACAACAUUAACAAGCGAACAAAGGAUGAUUCACCACCUGGUUCCUCGAUCGACGCUCGUGAUUCGAGGAACGAUAGCGCUUCGCCUAAAUCGAACCUUAAUACACGGAGUUCAAAAAAUGCAGGUGUUAGUACUCCCGGAGAUAUGUCGCCAAAAUCCGCCCCACCCACCGCCAUUCUGGUCGAUAUUAAUAAUUCCGCACAUCAAAGGACCACUCCGAUGAAAACUAGAUCUGCAACUGCUGGCUUGAAGUCAAAUUCCACAACAUCUGACAGAAACUCAGAAACAGACACCUCAAUCGAACCCGGUUCGCCAAGACCACGUCCAGUCAAAAGGCAACGCCAGGACAACUCAUUACCAGUGUUUUUUUUUGUGUUUGACGAAAUGCCCGAUGAUACCAAACGCGAAAGUUCGGUCAUAAAUCCCAAGUUAGGUCGAUGCGAUAAUAGCAAGGUCAUCGAUAACGGUGCCAUUACAUCGUCAAACAAGACGUACGAUCUGCCGGACAUUAAUAUGAAGGAGGCGACAGAU